AUGUCUGAGGAUGGUGCGAGUGAAGGUUCUUCACAACCAUCAAACAAGGAUAUUGACGAUUUGGCUCAGUACUUGAAAGAUGGCUGGACGGUCGGUUAUGACGUAGAUUAUAAUGGUUGCGGAAACACAGAGAUAGUUUUUGAAGGUUUUCCAGAUUUUUUUUAUUGCAAGCAGAAUGUUUUUUUAAAGCUAUUCCGUCUCAUGCAGCCGAAGACAGUGAUUCCGAACAAAGCAGUUCAGAAUCGUCGUUCACGUCAUCAGAAAACACAGAAGGUAGAAAUAAGGUGAGUUGAAGAUAUUUUAUUGAUCACUGAAUUAAAAAAAUUCAGCAUGCUACUUAUCAUCAAUUAGGAGAUCAGGUGGAAGAAAGUGGUGAUAUCGAGGAGAAGGAAGAACCGAAUGUAAAGAGAAAACUUCUUGAGAAAAGUAUCGUCAAAGCUUGCAAAGAUAUGAACGAAGCAAUGCUGAAACAUACUCGAUGUAAGGAAUGGGCUCUCCAAAGAGCUGAGGGCAGAAAAGAUCUGAAAUCGAAGGUAGAUUGCUUCGAAAUGUAAACGAGGUGGUACAAAUAACCAGUUCCAGGUUGUUUUGAGUAUCUCCGAAGAUAUCGUUCCAAAACCAAGGCCACCGCCAGUUCAGAGAGGGAAAGGCUACUGGAGGAGAGAACGUCGCCAGAAAUACUUCAGUGAAAAAGGUAGGUACUUAUAAAAGUCCUAUAAGGAUGAAAGAGCUACGGAUCAUGAUAUUUUUAGAUUCCUUGGUUUUUUUUUCUAGAAAUAGGGCUGAGUUCAAUAUCAGAGUAUUAAAAAAACUAUAUGAUUAAAUUAUCAGGUUAACUAAUAAGUUAUUUCAAAGUUUUGCAGCCCUAUUUUUGUGUGGGAAAAAUAGUUUUUUGUUUACAAUUUUUCUCUUUACUUCACUUUAUUAUAAACUAAAAAAUUGAAAACUAGAAAAACCACAAAAAAAGGUCAGGGUCAUAUUUCAACCUGCAUAUUAAAAAUAUUGAAAACUUGAGAAUCGUUUCUGAAAAAAAUAGUUAGCAUGAAAGUACAAAUCCACGAAGUUCCGUUCACUCGUAAAUAUUUUUUUGUCUUCGUUUCAUGUUUUGGGGAAAGUUUUUUUCUGAAGACUUUUAAAAAUGAUCUGAUCAAAAUUUGUUGAUAUUUUGUAAUAAAAAUUCAUUUUUACUGUAAAUUUGAGUUAUGUUGAAUGUAACUUUCAACUUUGGAUUUGCAGUAAGAUUGUGUUUUUUCUUCAUUUAAGGCAGUAAAAUUUAAGAGAAAAUGGAGAAAGUGGCGAAGGCGAUGCAAGGAAUGACGUUGCCGCCUCCUCCUGGCUGGGAAAACAUGAGCGACGAGAAGUUCCUGGAUGCCGUUCAGUCUUUUCUCAAAGAGAAAUCCUAAAUUAUUCCCUAUUCCACUUCUUUUACGUGUAUUCAGUGUGACAUGACUCCUCUGCAGAGUUUUACAUAAAUUUAUUUAUUGCCUUAAAAAUUGACGUUUUUUCUCGAUUUUUUGUUUUGGGUUCACAUAACCCUUGGAAAUACCUAUAUAUCAUAUUUUUUGUUCAAAUUGAUAUUUUUCAGAGAAAUGUCUCGAAAACGUCAUGGAAACGACGUUGAGACGGAUAUGGCCAAAAGAGGACUUUGGCUCGUCAAGGUAUUAACUUUUGAUCCUUAAUUUAUGAGAAAAAGUUGAUAUUUCGAGGUGCCUCGAUAUCUCUCCGAACUUUGGGAGGCCAACAAAGGCGCCAACGUCGGCAAAUUGGUGAUCGUUAACGACGUGGUCAAGUUCCAGUCCGGUCAGGGAUUGGCUCAGCCGAAGAAAACAGAAGAUACUCCAGGACCAAGUCGUCUUUUUCUGACUUCACUGGAAACCAUGUUGAUUUUGAAGGCUCUGCGAAGGCUCCGCCCGCAAAAAUCGACAUUCCCGAUGAAUAUUCCUUCAUUCUGCACGAUAUCAUGAACCAGACGAUGGCCGUCUUGACUGAAGACAAAACUGGCCUCAAAGAGGAUGCCGCGAUAAGGUGGGUAGAUGAGAGAGAGAUUCCUCAUUUUUUGAAUCUUCUUUUCUGAAGUUUUCAAGGUUUGAGUCUCUUUCUCUAGGUUGGAAAAAUAAACUCUGGAAAUAGGCAAGUGAAGAAUAGUUCUACAGAAAAAAAAGUUGCAAAACCAGAAACAAAGUAAAACAUCACUCUAGUUUUUAUUUUUAUUAAUAAAGAUCAGAAGCUUUAGGUUUUCAUUUUACAGAUUGUGUGUUUCUGAGAGCAACCUUCUAAGGAUGCUGAAAAGUUAUAAAUUGAAAAAGCGCUUCCUUUGGUUAGUUUUCACAGAAUGAGCCUUUUUGCGCUUUUUGGCAGAGAAUUUUCAAAAGGAAAGUUUUUUUUGUUUUGAAAAUCUUGAAGUUUAAAGCUGUUUAUACUAUUGCUUAAUUAGCACUUUUUGCGAAAUUAUCGGUAAUUGAAUUAAUAUUCUGUAUUACUCGCUUUAAUGAAACUUUUGGGAAACAAUGUUUUCUAUUAAACGCAUCAUAUUAUUUUUAUAAGGAUCUGACGUUCGUUUUAGCGUAAAUUACUUCUGAAAUCGAAAAAGAAAGUUUCAGAACCGGCCGCUUGGCGAUCGAAGGUCGCAUAGUGAAGAAAGCCGAGUGUCGGCCUCCCGCCACGACGAGCUACAUGAGAAUGAAGCUGCAGCACAUCGUGAAAAGCACCCAGCCGAAGAAACAAGUCGUUCAGAUCGAGAAGGUGUCUUUUUAUUCGUGAAUGGAGAGAAACGAAAUGUUUGAAGGCGGCCGUCAAGUACAAGCCGGUCUCGGCUCACGCCGAGGACAUGGUCCGGAUCAAGCAGAAGAAAGAAGGCGCCAAGACUUAUCGGGCAGAUCGCGAUCUCCUCAGACAAGCCAUUUUCAACGCCUUCGAGAAACAUCAAUACUAUCGGUGGGCUUUUUUUAGGAGAAAAAAAACAAUGAAGCAAAGUUUUUUUUCUCGAUAAACUCGAAGGAGAAAGUAGUAUAAAUUUUUCAAAGCAGAAUAAUCGGCGAAAUCUAAAUUUGCUCUCGCGAAAGUUUUCCAAGUCUAAAAUGGAAAUGUUUUUUGAAAAAUGGAAAUGAAAUGUUUAAAAAAAACGAUGGAGGUAGAAAAAAGAAGAUCAUGAGUCGUUGUCGUAAAGCGGCGACGCGGAAUCUUCGUCGCCGUCGCUGUCGUUGUCAGUCGGGGCCGGGACUUCGACAGAGUCUGUAAGAACAGACCUUUAUAUAGUGGUUUUAUUUUUCAUGUGAUCUAUUUUCGACGUUCAUCACAGUUUUUUUGGAAACACAGUGAAAAGUUUGUAUAUAUUGCUUAGAAACCGAGCUUCAGGUUUUUCAAGAUUCAUAAAGUUUGGCUUUUAAUUAUUUAAACAAAGAUUUUCUAAUUAAGCGCUUUCGAAGGUCUUUUCGGAAGCCUGGAGCCGUUCAAAUUCACAUUUUCUAUUUUUGAUGUAACUUUAUCCAAACUUUUCGCAUUUUUUUCGCUUUGCAGGCUUCAAGAUCUUCAACAACUCACACAACAGCCCGCCUCUUACGUCAAGGAACUUCUCCAGGUAUUCAGAAUUCUCGCAUUUUUCUCUAGAACCCAAAUUAAGAAAGACUUUGUGCAGAAAAAAAAAAUUGAAAUUCCACAGGAAAUCGCCGUCUACAACACCUCGCCACCACAUAAGAGCAUGUGGGAACUGAAGCCCGAAUAUCGCAAUUACAGCAUUAAUCCUUCUUCUUCCAAUCCUUGA